GCAAGAAGAGUUUCGCUUCGCUCUCCCUCUGAAGAAAACGCAGGACACAGCUGCAGCGGAGUAUUGAAGUCUCCACCACCAGGGGGGUAACCUAAAUCCAUAAACGAUGGUUCAGUAUAACUUUAAGAAGAUAACGGUUGUUCCCACCAGGGAUGAUUUCGUUGAUAUUAUCCUUUCCCGCACUCAACGCCAAACACCAACUGUUGUUCACAAGGGUUAUGCCAUCUCCCGCAUCCGUCAAUUCUACAUGCGUAAAGUUAAAUACACACAGCAGAAUUUCCAUGAGAAGCUUUCAACUAUCAUCGAGGAGUUCCCUCGUCUUGACGGUAUUCACCCAUUCUAUGGUGACCUCCUUCAUGUUCUGUACAACAAAGAUCACUACAAGCUUGCCCUUGGGCAAAUUAAUACUGCAAGAAAUCUAAUUGGUAAGAUUGCGAAGGACUAUGUGAAACUUUUAAAGUAUGGUGAUUCACUUUAUCGAUGCAAGGCUCUUAAAGUUGCUGCUCUUGGCCGUAUGUGCACUGUGAUAAAGAGGGUGGGCCCUAGUUUGGCCUACCUUGAGCAGAUCAGGCAGCAUAUGGCAAGGCUUCCUUCAAUCGAUCCAAACACGCGUACAAUUUUGAUUUGUGGAUACCCGAAUGUUGGCAAGAGCUCGUUUAUCAACAAGAUCACUAGAGCUGAUGUGGAUGUCCAGCCCUAUGCUUUCACCACUAAAUCUCUUUUUGUAGGUCAUACAGACUACAAAUACUUGCGCUAUCAGGUUAUAGAUACGCCAGGGAUCUUGGAUAGACCAUUUGAAGAUCGAAAUAUCAUUGAGAUGUGCAGCAUCACUGCUCUGGCACAUUUAAGAGCUGCUGUUCUAUUCUUCUUAGAUAUUUCUGGGUCAUGCGGAUACAGUAUAGCACAGCAAGCAGCUCUUUUUCACAGUAUUAAGUCCUUGUUCAUGAACAAACCAUUGAUUGUAGUUUGCAAUAAAACUGAUUUGCAGCCGUUGGAUGGCAUAUCUGAAGAAGACAAGAAGUUGGUCAUGGACAUGAAGGCUGAAGCUUUAAAGACUCUGAUUGGUCAAGGAGGUGAUCCUACAAACGAGGAGGGGGUGCUCUUGACCAUGAGCACUUUGACUGAAGAUGGGGUAAUUUCAGUGAAAAACGCGGCUUGUGAGAGGUUGUUGAACCAAAGAGUGGAAUUGAAAAUGAAGUCUAAAAAGAUUAAUGAUUGCCUUAAUCGCUUCCAUGUUGCAAUGCCAAAGCCGCGUGAUCAGAAAGAAAGGCCACCUUGUAUACCUCAGGCAGUGUUGGAAGCUAAAGCUAAGAAAGAAAUGGAGAAGGAGAAGAGGAAGCUGGAGAGGGAUUUGGAGGAUGAAAAUGGAGGCGCAGGUGUUUAUUCUGCUAGCUUGAAGAAGCACUAUAUUUUAGCGCAUGAUGAAUGGAAAGAAGAUAUAAUGCCGGAAAUUCUAGAUGGACACAACGUGUAUGAUUUCGUUGAUCCUGAUAUCUUGAAUAGGCUUGAGGAGUUAGAGCGGGAAGAAGGUCUUCGGCAGGAGCAGGAGGGGGAUGAGGAUUUGGACAUGGAUGUAGAGGAACUUACCCAAGAAGAGCAAGAAGCUCUAACUGAGAUUCGCAAAAAGAAAAGUUUACUCAUUCAACAACAUAGGAUAAAGAAGAGCACUGCAGAGAGCAGACCAACUGUACCAAGGAAAUUCGACAAGGACAAAAAGUUCACUUCAGAGAGAAUGGGAAGGCAGUUAUCAGCUUUGGGACUGGAUCCAAGUAGGGCAAUUAACCGGGCACGCAGCCAGUCAAGGGGUCGUAAGAGGGAGAGAUCCGUCGAUCAUGAUUCCAUGGAAUUGGAUGUUGACCAACCUAACAAGAAGCUACGGAUGAGGUCAACAUCCCGGUCAAGGUCAAAGUCAAGGCCACCAGGUGAGUUGGUCCCGGGUGAGGGAUACAAGGAUUCAGCUCAAAAGGGGAAGGCUCUGACACUGGCUAAGAAAUCUAUGAUGAAGAGGAAUAAAGAUGCUCGGCGGGGUGAGGCGGAUAGAGUCAUUCCUACUCUGAGACCGAAGCAUUUGUUCUCUGGGAAGCGUGGGAUUGGGAAAACCAGUAGACGCUGAUCGAAUGAAGCUUAGGAGCAUGAGAAAUCUACGUAAUGUACUUUCUGAAAGCAGUCGAUGUGUUUCUCGCAGGGAGGAGUGAUAUAUGUAGUUUUGAAGAGUUGCUUUCCAUGAUCCAUUGCUGGCUCUCUGCAGAAUUACUUGGGAGACUGCGACCGUGACCUUUGUUUGUUUUUGUUAAUGCAAUUUUAAGUUUAUGGAUCUUGUUUGUCACUUGGCUUGCCAAAAGCAGCCUCUUUUUUUUUUUUGACAGAUUGUGGUUUGUAAUCCACCUGAGUGGUACUCUUGAUUUUGAUAUAUCCUUAGGGUUUCAAGUUUUGUGGAUUUUUAAA